UGUUGUGAUAAACUUAUUAAAUAGAGUAAGUGAUGAAGUUUGAGCUGCCGGAGAUAGCGUGGCACGGCACCCAGCCCAUCUACGCCUGUGACUUCCAGACAGUGUCCAACGACAGUGAUUUCCGACUGGCAACUGCAGGCGCAGACAAUGACGUCAAACUGUGGAAGAUAUGGUGCUACGAGGGACAGCUGAAGAUCGAAGUGCUCUCAAUCUUGUCAGACCACAAGCGGUCGGCUAACUGUGUCAAGUUUUGUCCAGUGCUGCUUCAGAACCAGCCAGUGUUGGCCAGUUGUGAUGACGACGGAGUGGUGUGUCUGUGGACCAAAUGUGACGACAAGGAGAAAUAUGCGGCCUCUUUUCUCGACGAGGAGACAGACUUGAACAAAGAGUAUUGGAAGGUUACGAGGACUUUGAGAGGUCACAUUGAGGAAGUGCAGGAUCUAUGCUGGAACAGUGAUGGAACCCUAUUACUCUCUGGGUCCAUAGACACCUCGGCACGACUGUGGCAGGUGUCCACUGGACAGUGUCUGCAUGCGUUCCGCGAAAGCAAAGGUCUCGUGCAGGGCGUGGCAAUAGACCCCCUGGGCAAGUUUAUCGCCACUUUUGCAGACGAUAAAUCAGUACGUAUGUACCACGCUACGAAUAAACGGUGUGCGUAUAGAAACACAAAGUUUGUUUUCGACGACAAAGCAGUGAAGCUUUUUGGCGAUACAGGCGAUGGAUUUUUCCACAGAAUUUGUUUUUCACCCCACGGCGAAUUUUUCGUCGUGCCCUCAGGAAGUUUCCCAAUAAGCGCGGAGUCGAGUAUUUUCUGCACGUAUGUUUAUUGCAGAGAUAACUUAUCGAAACCGGUGCUGUAUUUACCUAGUGGCAGACGACCGUCCGUUAGCGUUUCUUUCUGUCCAAUCAAAUUCAAGUACAGAAAUGAAACAGAAAAUUCCGAGAAUGUGCGACCUAAUUUAUUUAAUUUAUCCUAUCGACUGGUGUUUGCAGUAAUUACUGAAAACUCAGUUCUUUUCUACGACACAGAACGCUUCGAAGUGUUCGCAAAAGUGGAAAAUAUUCACUAUGCUUCACUAAAUUCAGGCUCUUGGUGUAAAGAUGGAACAAUGUUUGUAGCUACUUCGAGUGAUGGAUAUGCCACGAUAUGUACUUUUGAAGAGAGUGAGUUAGGUGAAAAAGUGACAGAGGCUGAAAUCGCGUUUCAAACAGUCCAAACACCUCAGUCGACUCCUAUAGUUAAUUGUGACGCAAAAGUCUCACAGGAUGACGAAAAUCUAUUAACUUCAAAUUCAGCUGAAAUUCUGAAGGAGGAAGAAAAUUCUGAAAAGAAAGAAGACGACGAAAUUGAAAGAUUGGAUAAUCAGAAGCCAGAAUCGAAAAAUCUUCCUUUAGUAGCUGAGGCUAAAAUUGCAACAUCAAAUCAUAGUGAAAAUGGUCCGAGCACUCCUAGUAAAAUGGAAACGCAUUUGAAUAAUAAACAACAGCAAAUUAUUGAUUUGGACAAGACGCCGACAAAUGAAAAACAAGGUUUAUUAUCAGUUAAUACAUCGCAGCCCUCGACUCCUGUGUCUCGAAAUGGAAAAGGAAAACUGGCUCCAUUGGCCUUGAAAACUAUUCUGAAGCCCGCUUCUCCGGCCGAGUUGAAAACAAACUCACCUGCUGUUAGUCCGAAGAACGUUUCAUUUUCGCCGAAAAUGAAGCAAAGGCUAGUUCCUACAAAAUCAAAAACAAAUGCCAGUUCUAAAAAACAGAAUACUCAUAAAUCGAAGAAUAUUGACACAAGCAGUAAUCAAAUAGCGUCGGCGUUUGCCCGUGGAAGUCGUAUUUUAGCCGAGUCGCUAAAAAACCAAAAAGCUGAAGAUGCUCGCCCUCAAAGCGACCCAAACAACCCAAUUUUUAUCGAUGACGACAGUAUUCCUGAGGUUGUUCCAUCAUCGGGGCCUCUUAUUGACAAGUCAAACGAGAUCAAUUUGGUUUCACCCGGAAGCAAUUUGUCGUCCGCGCCAACGACGCCGAAGUCGAUUUUGAAAACUCCGAGUCCGGACAGUCCAAUGCCGAGCGAGGGUUCCAAAAAGCGGAGAGUGUCGUUUAGAACAUUGGAAUUGCCGCCAUGCAAAGAGUCGAAAAAAGAAGAAAGUGAACAACAAUCGUGUUCGGUUGAAAAAACCGCAGAAGAGUCGAAAUCGAGCCAACCAGUGCCAGGGAAGAAACGAAAAAUUGCGUUCACAACAAUAUCAUAGACUGGUUGGCCGAACGCUUAAUUUUUCCAAAGGAAAUAGUGUUUGAUUGAUCUAUUAUUAAUUCUGUUUUCGUUGAACAUUUUUUCUAUACCACCAACACUGGUUGAUGUGGAUAAAUAUUGAUGAUAGUCUCGAGGCAAUCAUAAUGACUAAUAUUUUGCGAUAUUAGAGUUUUUCUCAGGUGGUAAAGUUGGUUGUCACCUUAGAUUGAACGAUGAGUGUUAUUUGUGAUGUGAGAUUUUAU